UGGAUACUGGACCAAAUGAUCAGAGACAUGAAUAACAUAAAUGGGCCUUUAGUGCCAUACUGGGAGCUAGUCCGGGACAGGGUGAAUGAGUCCUGCGAGGGAGUGGAGCCAUGGAAGAUUAUCGUCUACUCUUGCGGAACUACUCUUUUGGUUCUAACUGCCAGAGAUAUUCUCUUUUCAGACGAGGACACUUUCACCAACAGAACAAAGAAAGAAUUUUUUCGAUUGAUGAAAAAAAUUCCCUUUGUCAAAAAAAGAAUAGCAGAGGAGAAGAAAAAGAUAUUGAAGGACAUGGAGCAUUCAAUGAAUGCUGAUGUUGAUGGAUAUGUCACUCAAUUACCGGCUGAGGGACUGAAAAUGGAAACCCUCAUGGAAGAAUUGAAAAGAUACCAAGGUUUAGCCAAAGUGAACUGGAGUGAUGGCACCAUAUCAGGAACUGUGUACAGUGGGGACCCAGAACUCACUCACCUCAUGGAAAAGGUUUAUGGGAUGUUUGCAUGGACCAAUCCUCUUCACUCUGAUGUUUUUCCUGACAUAAGAAAAAUGGAGGCAGAAGUCGUCAGAAUGUGCUGCACCAUGUUCAAUGGUGACAAAGAAUCCUGUGGAACAAUGACCUCUGGUGGAACAGAGAGUAUUUUGAUGGCAUGUUUCACGUAUCGAAAUAUAGCAAGGGAGAGGGGAAUUAAGAUACCAGAAAUAAUUGUGCCAAUUACUGCUCAUGCUGCAUUUGACAAGGCAGCUGCAUACUUCCACAUGAAGAUUACUCACAUUCCAAUCAACGAAGAGACCAGGAAAGUGGACAUCAAUGCCAUGAGAAGAGCAAUAAACAAAAAUACCUGUGUGCUGGUUGGAUCUGCUCCACAAUUUCCACAUGGCAUUAUUGAUGAUAUUCAGGCCAUAUCUGAGCUUGGACUGAAGUACGACAUUCCUGUCCAUGUGGACUGUUGUCUGGGGGGCUUCCUGUAUCCAUUCAUGGAGAAGGCUGGCUUCAGUGUCCCUGUCGUGGACUUCAGGGUCCCUGGGGUUACAAGCAUCUCAGCGGACACUCACAAGUACGCCUUUGCUCCAAAAGGAUCAUCAGUGAUUUUGUACAGAAAGGAUGACUACAGAAAGUUCCAGUUCUUCGUGCAGCCAGACUGGCCUGGUGGUAUCUAUGCAACAGCAGCCAUAGGAGGCAGUCGACCAGGGGCCAUCAUAGCAGUAUGCUGGGGAACUUUGAUGUACUUUGGAGAGAAGGGCUAUGUCGAGACCACCAAGAAGAUUAUAUCUACAGCUAGAUACAUUAAAAAAGAGUUGAAGAAAAUCCCAGGAAUACAUGUCUAUGGAGAUCCUUUAAUGUCUGUGGUAGGCUUUGGACCAGCAGAAGGAUUCAAGUACAACAUCUUCACUUUCUCUGAUAUGAUUGCAAAAAGAGGCUGGAACCUCAAUCCACUGCAGUUCCCUUCAAGCAUUCAUCUUUGUGUGACUCUCCUCCACACUAAAGAAGGUGUAGCUGACCAAUUCAUAAAGGAUGCCAGAGAAUGUCUGGAGGAAUUGCUGAAUUCCCCUGAUGCUGAGGCUGGUGGAAUGGCUGCAAUGUAUGGGACCUCUCAGAGCAUUCCUGACCGCUCUAUGGUGGCAGAACUAGCUGGAUGCUUUGUGAGUGCCCUCUACACCACAAACAAAAGUACGGAGACCAAUGGCAGUGUCCCAAAACAAUAGAAUGAAAUACUCUGACGGAACCCCAGGAGGUGCAUUAUAACAGUUCACAAGGCUGUGAGAACUUUAGAGGCUUUACAUUGAGUGUGUGGAGGGUUAGUUAGCAGGAACAUGACACAAUGGUUUUAGUUAUCCAUGUGCUUUCUCGUUUUAAAUCAACUAGUAAUAUAUUCGUUAGUAUUUAUAUUAUGCACAAACAAUGCAAUAUUGAGUGCUAAAACCAGACUGUACUUUUACGAAGAAAUUAACGAAUGUAUAAAACAUUUUAAACUGUGAUAUUCUCAUUAGACAAUGUUUAUGGAAACAUUAAUGUAACAAUUGAUCUCCUAAACAUAAAAUUGACUUACAAGUUAUCUCGUCUUUAUCAAAAUAAUUUUCUAUAUGAAUUUUGAGACAACAAUUUACUCAAAAUGUAAAUUUUUCCCCCUUUUUUUGGAAAAUUAUGAAUGCUUGACAUUAUGAUAAAUUAUGUUUAUUUACUUUAUUUAGAGUUUUUAUCAAUUUUUGGAAAUUGAUUUGGAUAAAAUGUAAAUGUUCUAAUGUCAAUUUCCAAUGUUUAUGGAAACAUUAAUGUAACAAUUGAUCUCCUAAACAUAAAAUUGACUUACAAGUUAUCUCGUCUUUAUCAAAAUAAUUUUCUAUAUGAAUUUUGAGAACAAUUAAUUUACUCAAAAUGUAAAUUUUUCUCCCUUUUUUGGGAAAAUUAUAAAUACUUGACAUUAUGAUAAUUUUUUGUUUAUUUACAUUAUUUAGAGUUUUUAUCAAUUUUUGGAAAUUGAUUUGGAUAAAGUGUAAAUGUUCUAAUGUCAAUUUCCAUUUUUUUUUUAAUAAAGCCAAGAGAACAAAGGCAUAUUCAAUACAAAUAUCAAUAAUUGUUUAAGAUGAAUGGAAAGGUUCCAAAUUAAAAACAGUUUUGCAAUAAUAUUUGUUGGUUAGUUAUCCAUUUUAUAUUUUGCAAACUUUUUACAAAUGUUAAACAGGUAGUAACAUAUUGAUUAGAGGGUUAUAUUUUAAUUUUUUUUCUCAGAUACAUGUAAAUAUGCGGGUAUUUCUAAUACAAAUGUUUGUUUAUUAAUUAGAUGAUUGAAUGACAAGUUCUUCAUUUUAAUGUAUUGUCUAACAGAAGUUUACAGCUAGGUUAUUUAAAAAAAAUCUACAAAAAAUAAUAUAAAAUAAUAUUCCAUCAAUAAGUCAGUAAAAAUCAGUCCUGAUGAACCAAAAUCUUCUCAGUCAAAUGGUUGAGUUCCUCUUUUAGUUUCAAAUUGAUUAAGUAAAAUAUCACACUUGUUUUAGAUCUGCUAUUUAAAAUCACCUCAGAUAUUAUAAAAUGCAUGCUGUGUUUAGUAAAUGAAAGCUUUUGUAUGUUUAUUGUUCAACUGUUGUCAAUUCCUCAGAAUAAAAUUAUUAGAUAUGUCAUUUG